UCUCUUCGGCAUCGCUGUUGUUUUUCCAUUUGCGCCAUUUUGUUCGCUCACUUUGGUGAUUGGGCUUUAGAACCCUGUACUGGAGCCAAUCAGAAGGAUACCGGACAGCGGAGACACGGAAGUGGCUAUAACAGGAAGUGACAAUAACGGGUAGUGACUAGCUGACCAUGGAGUACACCACCGCCACCACCUCGACUGGGGAGCAGAUAGUCGUGCAGACAUCCAAUGGACAGAUACAACAACAGACUCAGGGCACAGUGACGGCAGUGUAGCUGCAGACCGAGGCGGCCGUAAUGACGGCCUCUGGCCAGCAGGUGCAGACACUCCAGGUAGUCCAGGGUCAGCCCCUGAUGGUGCAGGUGAGCGGAGGGCAGUUGAUCACGUCGUCAGGGCAACCCAUCAUGGUGCAGGCUAUGGGUGGGGGACAGGGACAGACCAUCAUGCAAGUGCCUGUGUCUGGAGGACAGGGACUACAACAGAUCCAGCUGCAGGGUGGACAGCAGAUCCAGCUGCAGAACGGUCAGACGAUCCAUCUAGGGGGACAGCAGAUCCAGCUGCAGGGCGGACAGAUGUUACAGCUCGGGGGACAGCAGGGUCAAACCCAACAGAUCAUCAUCCAACAGCCACAACAAGCCAUCACAGCCGGACAGAACCAGGGCCAGCAGAUCCAGUUGCAACAGGGCCAGCAGAUCCAGUUGCAGCAGGGCCAGCAGCUGGCACAGACGGCUGACGGACAGACCAUCGUCUACCAGCCGGUCAACUCAGACGGCACCGUCCUGCAACAGGGAAUGAUCACCAUCCCAGCAGGCAGUCUGACGGGGGCCCAGAUGGUACAGACAGGGGGCGCCAACACCACCACUACCAACAGUGGACAGCAGGGCACCGUGACCGUCACCCUGCCAGUCUCAGGCAACAUGAUGAACACCGGUGGCAUGGUCAUGAUGAUGCCUAGUGGAGGUGCGGUGCCUGCUAUGCAGCGUAUCCCUCUACCCGGGGCUGAGAUGUUAGAGGAGGAACCUCUGUACGUCAACGCUAAACAGUACCAUCGCAUCCUGAAGAGAAGACAGGCCCGCGCCAAGCUGGAGGCUGAGGGCAAGAUCCCCAAGGAGAGGAGGAAAUACCUGCACGAGUCCCGUCACCGUCACGCCAUGCAGCGCAAGAGGGGAGACGGAGGACGCUUCUUCUCUCCCAAGGAGAGGGAGGAGAUGGCCCUGGCCCUGCAACAGGCAGAGCUGGCCGCCCAGGCAGGAGAAGACAAUGUAGCUCAGAUGGUCCGAGUUUCUUAGCACCUACAACCCCCGACCACCCCUCCGUCAGUCAGUCGAGGCCCUCUGAGCCCCCCCCCACCCAGCUAGCCAGCACUUCUCCAGACACUCAAAGUUCUUUAUAAUGUAAGGAGGAAACUCAUCCAAGAACUACAAAUAUGUAGCUCCUAUCCGGAUGAUGCCAUGGCAGACAUAAACCUGUAUUCUCCCACCACCUCUUGCCCCUAUACUCAACAAUAUGAUAUCCCUAUGACUGGUGUCCUCCAUGAUGGGUCUUCCAGACCUGGCUCUGUGACUGACUGCAGUGCCUGAGGUAUUCAGUAAGAUGUGAAAGUUAAGAUGUACUGGGACUGUAGCGCUCUGUCCUGGAAACCAAGACAACGAUGAGAUGUUUCACCUGCAUAAUACCACCGGUCAAUGACUUCAUGUUUUCUGACGAAGUCAUAACUGAUGGUAGUUAGUUGCAGAAUACAUUUUGUUUGGUCGUAAAGCAACACAUUUUUUUGUUGUUGGUGUGUUUCACAAAUGCAAAAAAAAACUGUUUACAAAUUCAGCUGUAAAAGAGUCAAAAUGAUGGAACACUUAUUGUUGCCCUGUAUGUGUCUUUUGUUGAAACAUGCAACACCAUAGAAGCCCAGCCUUGGUCCAUAAGGAUUGUCAAAUAUUGUCUCCAAAAUGGAUAUUAGUUAGAACGUUUUUUUGUAAGCACUUCUCAGCAGGGUCCAAUUUCAAAAUGUUCUCAUAGAGAACUAUAGAGGCACAUUUUUAAUUUCAGUUUACUUCCUGAAUUGAAAUGGAAGUGACCCCAAGUCUUGCAUUUCAGAUGUGAUUUCAAUAUCCAGUCCCCAGUUAUUGUCUGUACAGGGAAUAUGUCUUUUAUAUGACUUCUUUUUUUUUCUUUGUAGCGAAAUAGACACAUUUAUGUUGACACGACGUCUGAAUGACCCGUGUACUUUGUCUGAUUUACUUUAGGGAGUCUUUUUUAUUUUUAUUUGAAGAGUACGUUUUAUAUUCUUCUGAAGCAGUCCUUCAAAACAUUGUUUAGUUUUUUAGUGGUUGACACCAUUGUUUCAAAGAGCUCAUCUGUUCAUUAAAUUCUAUUACGUUGACUUGAAGUCA